UUUGAGGGGAAAACAAAAAUGGCGGAAGAGCAGGAGCUUCUGCAGUUAGAAAAUCUGUGCAAACAAUUGUAUGAAACAGCUGAUACCAAUCUACGCUCUGAAGCUGAGAAAGCCCUUAUACAGUUUGCUGAAUCACCUGACUGUCUGAACAAAUGUCAGUUAUUAUUGGAAAGAGGAAAUUCUCCUUAUGCUCAGUUAUUGGCAGCCACAACUUUGACAAAGCUUGUCUCUCGGCCAAAUUUAACUUUGCCAUUAGAACAAAGAAUUGAUAUACGGAAUUAUAUAUUGAAUUACUUGGCCACGAGACCAAAACUUGUUCAUUAUGUACUACAGGCCUUAGUACAGUUAUUUGCCAGAAUUACAAAACUUGGUUGGUUUGAUGUGCAAGAUGAAGGAUUUGUCUUCCGUAAUGUUGUGUCUGAUGUCACAAAGUUCAUUCAGAGUGGGUCAACGCAGCAUGUUAUGAUAGGUGUACAACUGCUGUCUCAGCUUGUCUGUGAAAUGAAUCAGCUUAGUGAGGCUGAGGCAAGUAGGUCAAUCAACAAACACAGAAAGAUAGCCUCAUCAUUUAGAGAUACACAGUUAUUUGAAAUCUUCCAACUAUCAUGCUCACUUCUUCGUACUGCUGUUGGAAAUCUUAAAAGUAUGAACUUUACAGAUGACAGUCAGCAUGGUUUAAUAUCAAGUGCAUUAAGACUAGCACAUAACUGUCUAACAUUUGAUUUUAUUGGUACUUCCAAUGAUGAGUCUUCAGAUGAGCUGUGUACAGUACAAAUACCAACUAGCUGGAGAACAGCAUUUCUAGACCUGUCAACAUUAACCCUGUUUUAUGAGCUGUAUUCAGGUUUACCUGCAUCUCUCUCAUCAAUGUCAUUAUCAUGUAUAGUACAAAUAGCAUCAGUAAGGAGAUCAUUAUUCAACGGAACAGAAAGAUCACAGUUUUUAAAUCAAAUUGUCGUUGGUGUGCGGAAUAUAUUAGAAAACCCACAGGGUUUAUCAGAUCCUAGUAACUACCAUGAAUUCUGUCGCCUUUUAGCCAGACUGAAAUCAAAUUACCAGCUAGGGGAACUAGUCAAAGUAGAAAACUACUCAGAUACCAUCAAACGCAUUGCAGAAUUUACAGUUACCAGUUUACAGCAAAUGUGGCAGUUUGCCCCAAACAGUGUUCAUUACCUUUUAAGUUUGUGGCAGAGGAUGGUGGCUUCUGUUCCGUAUGUGAAAGCCACAGAACCUCACAUGUUAGAAACCUACACUCCAGAAGUGAUGAAGGCUUAUGUGAUGUCUCGUCUGGAGUCUGUUACUGUCGUAGUCAAGGAUGGUUUAGAUGACCCUUUAGAUGAUUCAGGGAUGAUAACACAACAGCUAGACCAAAUAUCCAGUAUAGGCCGGUGUGAAUAUGACAAAACUUGUAACCUUUUAGUACAGCUAUUUGACGAAGCUGCUCAGAGAUACCAGGAAUUAGUGUCAGCAGGGUCACCUGGGGCUGAAUUAACCAUACAGGAAGGGCGUCUAUCUUGGUUGGUAUAUAUAAUUGGUGCUGUGAUAGGAGGAAGGGUGUCUUUUGCCAGUACAGAUGAACAUGAUGCCAUGGAUGGGGAGUUAGCAUGCAGGGUUUUACAAUUAAUGAACCUAACAGACACAAGAAUAGCUCAGGGAGGUUGUGAAAAACUAGAUCUUGCAAUACUUAGUUUCUUUGAACAAUUUAGAAAAAUUUAUGUGGGCGAUCAAGUGCAUAAAAUGUCUAAGGUUUAUAGAAAAUUAUCAGAAGUUUUAGGACUAAGUGAUGAAUCUAUGGUAUUAAGUGUUUUUAUAGGCAAAAUAAUUACAAAUUUGAAGUACUGGGCCAGGAGUGAGCAGAUCAUAUCAAAAACCUUGCAGCUACUUAGUGAUCUCUCAGUAGGAUACAGCAGUGUUAGAAAACUUGUAAAAUUAGAAGCCGUCCAAUUCAUGUUAAAUAAUCAUACUAGUGAACAUUUUCCAUUCCUUGGUAUUAACACUACCAGCACAACCAUGGCAGACAUGAGAUGUCGAACAACUUUUUAUACUGCCCUUGGCAGGUUGUUACUUGUUGAUCUUGGUGAAGAUGAAGACAAAUUUGACCAGUUUAUGAUGCCUUUAACAGCUGCUUUUGAAGCUGUAGGAAACAUGCUGUCUGAUGUAAAUAUACAACUCAAAUCAGAAGAAGCAAAGAGAUCACUAGUGGGCUUAGCCAGAGAUUUAAGGGGAUUAGCAUUUGCUUUUAACACAAAAACUAGUUUUAUGAUGCUAUUUGACUGGAUAUAUCCAGCCUAUACUCCUGUAUUACAUAGAGCCAUAGAACUUUGGUAUCCACAGCCAUGUGUUACAACACCUAUAUUGAAACUUGUCACAGAGUUAGCUCAAAGCAGAUCACAAAGAUUAAUGUUUGAUGUCUCAUCACCAAAUGGUUAUUUAUUGUUUAGAGAAGUCAGUAAAAUGAUUGUCAGUUAUGGUUCCAGAGUUCUUUCCUUAGGUGAUGUUCCAAAGGACCAGAUUUAUUCAAUGAAAUUAAAAGGAAUAUCUAUAUGUUUUUCAAUGUUAAAGGCAGCUUUAUGUGGGAAUUAUGUGAAUUUUGGUGUGUUCAGACUGUAUGGCGACGAUGCUUUAGAUGAUGUGUUAAAUAUGUUUGUUAAAUUAUUGUUAUCUGUAUCUCAACGAGAUUUAAUGGAUUACCCUAAACUUAGUCAGAAUUAUUAUGGUUUAUUAGAAUGUUUAGCCAAUGACCAUAUGUCCUUCAUCAGUAACUUAGAACCUCAGGUUUUUCUGUAUAUAUUGUCAACAAUAUCAGAGGGAUUAACUGCAUUAGAUACCAUGGUAUGUACAGGUUGCUGUGCCACAUUAGAUACAGUCAUCACAUAUUUAUUUAAAAGACUGACGAGUAAGAAGAAAAAAAGUUCCCCAGGAGCAGUCAGUGAUAGUGAAGCAUUCCUUAGAAUUUUAGAAUUACAUCCAGACAUUCUGCAACAGAUGUUGUCUACAGUGUUGAAUAUCAUUAUGUUUGAAGACUGUAGAAAUCAGUGGUCCAUGUCACGUCCAUUAUUAGGUCUUAUAUUACUUAAUGAAAAUUAUUUCAACAAAUUACGAGACAAUAUUAUAUCCAAUCAACCAAAUGACAAACAACAGAGUAUGGCUCUAUGUUUUGAAAAUUUAAUGAAUGGAAUAGAUAGAUCGCUUUUAUCUAAAAAUAGAGAUAGAUUUACACAGAAUUUGUCAAUGUUUCGACGAGAUGUGAAUGACUCUUUGAAGGCUCCGGGUGGGUCAAGUCCAUCACCGUCACCCUCAUUAGACAUGAUGAAUUGUGGGUGACUAAGCCUGUGAUAAUCAUUCAAUCAUUUCAUCUUGUGUUUUUGUGAAAGGGAGAUAAUUUAACUGAAGAUCAAUGACUGUAUACCUGUUGAAGAUUGUGAUAAUUGUUUAAAUGUCUACAGCAAUAGACACCAGGACUAGAAACUUUGGUUUGGUUUGUGAUAAGGAACAUUGCAGAAAGACUAGAAUUCGGAAUGCUACCAGACACAGUGCAUUCUGAUAUUAGAUAGUUUGGAUGUCUUAGUAUGAAGAUAGAUUUCAGUUUCAGUGUUUUCACAGAUUUUUACUGACUUCAUAGGCACGCUGAUUUUCAUGUGGGAUUUUUUAAAAAGAUCCUAUAGUCCUAGGGACAUACACCAUUUAUAAAAAAUCAUCAUUUCUACUCAGCAAGAUAUAAAAUGAUCUCAUGACUUUAAAACAAUGUAAACCUGCAUAUGUAUUAAAAUACGCUAGAUUGUUUAAAACUGUUCUGUUAUACCACAGUCUUCCAAUGUAAAACUGCCUUGCUUCAUAAUUAAAAACUAUUUAUAUAUAAAUUAAAACCCAUAUCUUUACUUUUGGGAUAAGCAAAUAAAUUAAAAACUAAUUGUGGUUACAAUACAAGGCUUUUUAGUUAAAUUGUAUAUAUUAAUUAGAAAUUGUCUGUCACAUAUUUAGACCAAUUUUUGUCAGGUAAACCUUGUGAGAUUUUAUUCCCAACAAAAGAAUAUAAAUUUGAAAAUCGUAAGCUGUAGUUAUUGAUUUAUUUUUUUGUUUAUUUUCAUGUCUGUUAAUUCACAAAUAAACGAGCAGUGUUGUUUUGAAGUCUAGCAAGAACAAACCUUGAUAGAAAUUUAUCUAAACAGUUAUACAAUCUCAAAACUUGUCUGUUAUACAGCAAAACAUGAAUUGUUAUUUAACUAUAGUCAGACCAACAAAUGUUUCCCACCGAUCUAAUAUUUUAUUGGCUGUAUAUAGUUAUUUUUCUUACUAACUUUAAAACUGUAGAGAUAUUACAACAAAAUGAUUAUAAUUAUCUUUUUGUCAAUUUUUUAUUCAUAUUUCUUAUGAAAUUGAAAAUUGUUCCGAGCGUGUGUGUGCAUGUCUCCUUGCACACAUAAAAUACUCAGUUUGCAAGCACAGAAAAAGGUGAAAAAUGGAGAUAAACUUGGUUUCAAGGGCCAUUCUAAGAAAAAUUACAUGGGAUGCGUAAUGUUUAAUGACAACUUAUAUUGGUUGGAAGGGUCAAACACAGCAGAUUCUCCUUUUCAAAUUUGCAUUAUAACAGAGGGCAUUCUUAUCAAAAUAUUGAAUAACACACAAUAAAAUAAGAUGAAUGUUUAACUUAUAGGUGAACACAGUGGUGGGUUGAAGGUGAUGGGUAUUCCUACUUAAAUUUUUUCAGUCCCUUAAUUUCCUAUCUUGUUCCAUUUGAGAGGCAAUUGGUGCUUGGUAAAUUUUAUUGCCAUGUUGGUUUUAGGUACAUUUGGUGCAGGGAUUCAGAGUAAUAACUAAAGUGCUGAAUAUUAUAUGUGAUAAUAGUGCUAUAUUUGUAAUGAUAGAGAAUGUACUUAAUAUGAAAUCCAUUUCACUUAGAAAUAUACAUUUCACUUGAUAUGUUUUGAGAGCUAUUCAAAUUAAAAGCUGUUCCAUUAAGCAUAUAUGAUGCCCAAGGAAGGCAAUAAAAAGGGGUAACCUUUUCUCUAACAUUUUAAUGUACAAGAUACUAUAAAUUAAAAAAUUUUAACAAUAUUUUUAUUAUUGAGAAAAUUGCAAAGAGAUGGGUGUCGCAAAGAAUAAAAACUCGCAUCUUAAAUUUGAAUAGCAUUAUAUGUGUGCAGUAUUUCCUGAAAUUGCAAUAGCUAAACUCGUGUUUGUGUCAAUCUUUCAACAAUCACAAUAAUAAAUGAACUCAUUAAUUUUUAAAUUAACGGUAAUCUUAACAUCCAACCAUAGAUCAAACUUCAAUGUGCCUUCCCUGGGUCCCAUGUAUGUUUUUGUUAACAUCCCUAACAGUAUUAGAAGGCAGGAUUAAUGAAUAGUCUACAGAUUCAUGUGACCAUACUCAAAAUAAACACUGUGCCAACAAAAUAUCUACAUAAUUUUAGUAAGACAGCAAAGUGAAUGCUGGGCCAAAAAAAAAAAGAAGUUAACUUUCUGGUUCUAGAUAUUAAACUGACAUGUGGUUUUUAUAAUGGAAAUUCAACUGUUUUUCAUGCUUCUCAAAAACUGUAAAAUUUAAAACAGAACAGUGAUUGUUCAUUGAAUUUUUCUGUAGUACAGUGCUUCUGAAUAUGCCUCCACAAAAUCUGGUGUACUUUAACAAUACAUUCCAUUUAAACGUUUUAUAACAGGUAUGAAAGGCACUUUAAAAAAGGGGAGCAACAGCUAAUUUUCAUGUUCACUGAUUUCAGUAGUGCUUUUCACAAAAAUCUCAAAAGUAAAUAAAAAAAUUAUUAAAUGAAGGACUGAAUAUCUGUGACUCAAUCAUGUUUUCUGCUUACCGUUUUAUUGCAAAGGAAAUAAAACCUUUCCCCAGAACCAGUUCCUGUUUAUUAGGGUAUUUAAACUUUUGCAACAUGAACUGCCCCAUUAAAUAAAUACAACAGCUAUUGUUCUAUGUAGACUUUAUAUAAUGAAUCAACUUUCAAUUUCUCCACAGAGAGCAAUAGCUAUUGUAUUUAUUCAAUGGGACAAUUUGUUUGAUAAAUUUGAAUACUUAAACGAACAGGUACUGUUCUUAUAUCUAGGUACUGAUUCUGGGGAAAAGUUUUAUAUCCUUUGCAAUAGGCAUAAUAAUAAAAGAUCAAGACAUUUGAACAAUACUCUCCUGUUAAAAGAACUUUUAGAUAUCUAGAUAAAGACCCAAACUGUUCAAUAGUAAACAGGCACAUUAUUAUCAAUUUAUUGUCUUUAUUUGAUGAGGUUAUUUGAUUCUUAUUGUAUUGCUUUAUAGGGCUGAUAUUUUUAGCUGACAUUUAGCAAUUAACAAUAGAUCUUCUAUAUAAGCUAGAUAAAUUUUUUAUGCAUUUUCAUUCUAAAAAAGUGUAUUUACAUAUGUUUCCCCAAGAAAUUAGUGCCUUGCCUGUAGUACCAUUCAUUUUUGCAGAAACACCUCAUUUGUGCAUGAAAUUGUGCAGAAAAUGAAGUAAAAUGAAAUGUAAAUAAAAGUACAGUGUUACACAUUUCUAAAACGCUAUUGAUUUGUAAUAAAUAAUCUUUUACUGUUAUUCAUUUAUGUAUUAUGUUUAAGUAUAUUCUCUUGAUAUCCAAAAUGACAUCUUUUUUUCUCUCAAUUAAACAAAAGGCAACAUCAUUAAGUGUUUUUUUUUUUAAUAGAAAAUCUUGAUCUUUUGCUAUACAUGUAUUGUAAAGAAAUUUUCCAUAUGAGAAUUUGUUAAAGUGCUUGUCACAAUGCAAAUAUUUAAUUAUUCAUUUCACAAAUAACAUACCUCCUUUGGACUCAUUUAUAAAUUGAAAAGGACAGUUGUUUAUUAACAUUCCACAAUCUCAUUGUUUCGAAGGCCAGUUGACAGAAUGAGAUAGAACCAGGCCUUGCAGUCAUAAAACAUUUAAAUAAGAUUAUUGUACUCUGACUCAGGAAUCAACCAAUCAAAAUACUAAACUUGGUGUUUUUCUAGCACAAAUUUUGUGCUCCUAGUACUGAGCAAAGUUUUAUGACGGAAAUCCCAAUGCCAUUUUGUAUAAAAUUUUCACAUUUUGAAUAAAUUUUGAUGAUUUAAAUAAUGCAACUGUCAUUUUCAAAGUAUAUGAAUGAGCCAAGUUACUACCUACUGAACAAACAAAAACUUGGUAAAAGUAAUCAAAAUGAGUUGCUUUAUGUUAAAAUAUUUUAAUCAGAUGGUGGUGUGGUAGAGAGUAAUGCAUUUAGGUUUUUCUAUUCAUUUUGACUGCUUCAUGUGACUGUAUCAUGUGACUGCAUCAUGUGAUAGGAUAUAAAUGUUUGUAUAUGAAGCGAUACAUUUCAUGUGUUCAUUUCAUAUUGAUUGCAGUUUGUUGUACAAAUUCCGUUGUUUAAUUUAGUAUGUUUGUAUUGAAUGUAUGGUUUUGAAAGUUGUUUAUUUGUUAUUUGUUAAAGCAUGGUUUUGUGGUUGAAUGGAUUUUAAACGGAAAGUAUGUUUUCAUUGACCUUUGACAUUUAAAUAUUUUGUGGUAGGACUUUAAAUUUUGGUUAAAUAUGAAAUAAAAUGUAAAAUCAAAUAAAAAGAAAUAGAGAAAUUAAUUUUUAUUCUACUUCAAAACUAUAUGUAAACAAAACCAGUCAGGAAUUAUUCUUUGAGAGUCCCCUUCAUGAAUCCUAUUUAUUUAUCCUGCCUGGAGUGCUAAAUGGCAGCUAUUAUUGUAAACUGAAAUAAUAAUAAAAAAAAAAAAACACUUAAAAAUUUACCACCAUUUACCAAAUAGGUUUUUGUAAAAUCUUUGAGGUGGGACACAUUGAAAAACCUUUUUUUCCAAUUACUAAGUUAAUAUUAUGCUUAAGUGUUGAUAAAAUCUCAAAUGAACCAUAACUAUAUCUUGAAAUUAAAUUUUUUGUUGCUCACUUAAAAGAAUAUUUUUAUGAAAAAUUUAUGAAUAUUAUUUAUUCAAACAUUGUAUCUGCCGAAUUCGACAAUUACUGAAAUUACAUAUAGGUAUUCAACAAAUUUUAGUUGCUGGACUUGUAAAUGCCAAGUUGCCAACACUGAAUGCUAUUGCUAGAUUUUUCAGUAUUGCAAGCUUAUUAUCAAUUUUUGGUCUUCUCUAUUUUUAAAGAUAACAUUUAAAAGAGACAUUUUCAUGACUGGCAUUAUGUUGUGAGACUAAAUUGAAAAGAAUAAAAGAGAGAUGGAAAUAUGGAUUAUAUUUGAAUGUAUGGGGAAAGGGAUUUUGUUAUGAGCUGGGGGAAAUAAAUUUUUGUAAAACAUG